GACGUUUCGUCAUUAUGCUGAUUAUGCGGCAUACGUAGCGUAGGAUACUGAAUAUUAGUUUUCGCCGAAUAAAUAAUAUUAAAUGUAUUAUCAAAUAUAUUUAUGAAACAAUAAUUCUACGAAAAUGUGCUAGCCAGACAGUCUACUUACCAGCGGCAUUUAAUUUAUAGUUCUAACAAUACUUUAGGUAGUAGGUAUUAUGACUGCGGUUAUAAAACACAUUGUUAUUUUGUGCUUCUAUUUGUUGAAAUGUGUGACAGGAUUAGGUGAAAUUAUCUAUGCUGUAAAUGCCGGCGGGUCCGCUCAUACAGAUAUUUAUGGAAUUCACUAUGAGAAAGAUCCUCUACAAGGAAGAAUCGGCACUGCAUCGGACUACGGUAAGCAAUUCGUUAUGAUAGGUAGAGUAAAUCAUAAGGACGAAAUACUUUACCAAACGGAGCGCUACCACCACAGCACUUUUGGCUAUGACAUUCCUGCUAAUGUUGAUGGAGAUUAUGUCCUUGUUCUGAAGUUUAGUGAAGUAUAUUUUACAGCCGCAAAUAUGAAAGUAUUUGAUGUUGUUCUCAAUGGUGAUCAUACUAUUGUCGCUGAUCUGGAUAUAUUUGAAAAAGUAGGUCGAGGAGUUGCUCAUGAUGAAUAUAUUCAAUAUUCUAUUAAGAAUGGCAAACUUUAUUACAAUGAUGAAGAGUCUGAUAUUCGAGGUGGUAAAAUAAAAGUGGAGUUUAUCAAGGGUUACAGGGAUAACCCCAAGAUAAAUGCAUUAUAUGUGAUGAAAGGUACUAUUGAUGAAGUUCCUAAACUAGCUCCAUUAGUUUGGCCUGAAAAUGAAAUAGAGGAGCCACAUGAAGAAGUAGAAGAGAGAAUUCCAAAGUCGAAAAGAGCAAGUGGUCCAAAACAACCAGACCCUUAUUCCUUUGAUGAUAGUUCUAUAAUGGGACCUUUAUUUAUAACAAUAGGUGCAUUCCUACCUCUAUUAUUCUGUUUGUGUCGUCUAUAAAAUUAAUUUAUUUAUAUUAUUGCUCAAAAGUUGUUUUUUUUUUAUUUUAAACUAGGAUAACAAAUAAACUGAUGCACUUCUUCCCGUCCCACUUUUUAAAAUUAGCUAAUAUACAAGGUAAAUAACUGGCACCUAUCCAUUGACAUAAAUAAAUUAUUUAAGCUCUCA